UUAUCCAGGGCGAUUUAAGGUGUGACACAAGUCACGAAAGUAAAUUUUAUGUUGGGUUGAAAGAAUUUUUUCACUUGAAUUUAUGACGGGCAUUUUCAUUUCAUUAUUUUCAAAGAAAAAAAGCAAACUUUGCAAAUAUUUGUUCUCGGAAAAGAACAUAUGAAAAACCCUAGAAAAUUUUGACAGAAUAUUUCAUUAUUGGAUUACUCACUCUUAAACAAAAUGCAGAAAUCUUCAGUGAAACUUGUAGAUGAUACGAAAUCUAAUGAGGAGAAACAAGAAUUAGGGUUUAGAAUUAAUCAAAGAGUUCAUACAGUUGGUAACACAAGAAGAAUUGGGACAGUGAAAUACAUUGGGAAUGUUGAAGGUUAUUCAGGCAUUUGGGUGGGUAUUGAUUGGGACAAUGGAGAUGGAAAACACAAUGGUUCACUUAAUGGGGUUACUUAUUUUGAAGCUAAAGAUGAUAAAUCAGGUUCAUUUGUUCGUCCACAGAAUUUGAGUCAUGGUAUUUCAUUCUUACAAGCACUUGAGCUUCGUUAUAAAGGCGAUUCUACUAAAGAAGAAGAAGAUGAGAUGUAUGUCUUAUCAGCUAGAAAUAACCGAGUAGCUGUAGAGCUUGUGGGGAAAAGUAAAGUUCAAGACAAAUUGAGUCGAUUGGAAGAUCUGGUUGGUGCAUCACUUUCGUAUUUGGGAGUUAGCUCAGUCGGAUCCAGUGGUCAGAUCAAUGCCAUUGUCCCAAAUCUGGAGGAGCUCGAUUUGACUGGGAACUUGCUUUCAGAAUGGAAAGAUGUAGGUACCAUAUGUGAAGAAUUGCAGGUUCUCGAAGUUCUCAGUCUUACUCACAACUACAUGGCUCAUGAUGUAAACCAGCUCCCAGUACUAGAAAACAUCCGUGUUUUGGUGCUCAAUAAUUGUUGCCUAACAUGGACACAGAUUGAAGUUCUCAAGCAAUCACUUCCAUCCGUCGAGGAGCUUCAUUUAAUGGGAAACAAGUUGAAAGAGAUAGUGCCUGCAUCCUCCAACUAUGUUCGAGGAUUUGAUUCUCUGCGGAUUCUUAAUUUGGAAGAUAACUGCUUUGAAGCAUGGAAUGAAAUUGUCAAGCUUUCUCAGCUAAGAAGAAUGGAGCAGCUUCACUUGAACAAGAACAACUUGAACAACAUAUUUUACCCUGAGUGUGGUCCCAAAAUUGAUGAUUCUGAACCUGCAGAGAAAUGCUUUAGCCCUUUUGAGACUUUGAACUGUCUUCUUCUAGGACGCAAUAACAUUGCAGAUCUGGCAUCAGUGGAUUCACUCAAUUAUUUCCCUAGCUUGACAGACAUCAGGCUUUCAGAGAAUCCAAUUGCUGAUACAGGCAAAGGUGGUAUUCCUAGAUUUAUGUUGAUUGCACGUUUGGCAAAGGUUGAAAUCCUUAACGGGAGUGAGGUGAGAAUUCGUGAACGGAAAGAAUCUGAAAUCAGGUAUAUCCGCUUUGUUAUGACUAAGAUGCAAGAUGAACCUGAGGAGAUUAAACAGCUCCACCCCAGAUUUAAUGAGCUUAAAAAGAAGCAUGGAAUUGAGGAUGAGAAACCCUCAACUGAAACAACUGGUCCUCGAAAAAUGUCUUCAGGACUUCUCUCAAUAACUCUUACAUGUGUUGGAGCUUCCAUGGGGGAGAAAAAGCCGCUCACGAAGAAGUUACCAGCCACCAGCACGAUUGGCAAGUUAAAAGUUCUGUGCGAGAGCUUCUUUCAACUCAAGUCAAUCAAGUUGAAGUUGUUCCUUCAAGAAGAGGGUUCUCCAUUACCGAUGUUGCUCGACAACGAAAUGGCUUCUUUGAUGGAGCUAGGAAUUGGCAAUGGAUCCACUAUCUUAGUGGAUGAAGAAGAGACGUAGAACAUCGGAUCCAAAUCCCAAUAGUAUGAUUUCCCCUGUUGUGUAAAAAUAAGAACCCGGUAGAAAAUUGAAACAGAUGGUCAUGUGUAACAAGGAACAAGUUGAUGCAGAUUUUAUGAUCAUGUGUCCUGGACUAUAUAACAAGCCAAAGAGACUGAACUUUUGUUCAGAACCACAUACAUAUGGUGUUUGUUUCAGUUCCUGUACUCAAAUAUGUAGAGUCUCAUUUUCUGUUGUCAAAUAAAUUUUUGCAGUUUUGUA